UACAGAGCUCAAGAAGCUUAAAAUAGAACCGCUAGCGUCAAUGCUUUCGAAAAGUUUUUCUAAUGACAGCCAUUCUGAAGAUUUCCCAGCAAGAAAAAAACAGCUUAGAAGUUUCUCAAUAUGUGAUUCAGAAAUAUUUUCACAUACUUAAAUUCACAAAACCUUUUUGUUUUCUUUUUUGGCAGACUGUCACUGCAUUGUGUAGGACUGUGGUUUUCUGAGCUGAUUAGGCGUUGGUGUGCUGAGCUUUCUGUAUCUGACAGUCAGAAAACUGUUCUGUUCCUGUACGAAAAAACCUGCUACAUAUACGUUUAUCUUUAAAAAUUCAUAAAAGUAUUUUUUUAAGUAAUUGGCGCAUACCUUGAGGAGUGGAAUAAUCUACUGUAAUACAUUUCCCAGAACAUAUAGUUUUGUUCCAGAUGUUUUUUGAAUGUACUUUGCUGUUUGGUUCUGAAGAUGGUGCAUAAACUCAUAAUGUAGUUGGAGAAAGAAGAAUAGUAUAAAAAGAUGGAUUCAUCCAGAAAUUGUGUAUCUCUAGUUUUGGCAUUUUUUACUGUGUGGGUGAGGUACGGGUUCGAACUGAUUGCAUGGGUCUUCCCCAUGUUCAGAAGGCUGGUGUUUAACCCUGUGGCUUCCAGAUCUGGACACACAGAUGGCAGAGAAUUGAAAUCCUGGGAGAAAAGCUCUGCUUUAAGAAUCUACUCUUGUGGAAACGAGGAGUCUCUGGUUACAGUGCAGACCAGAACACAUUCUUUUCAGGUUGAUCUGGGAAAGCUGUCGGAGUGCAGCGACUAUUUCCGGGCCCUCUCCGAGUCCAGAAUGAAGGAAACAACAGAGCACCUCAUUCAUCUGGAGCACAUUCCCUCUGCGCUCUUCCACAGCCUUCUGGAGUUCACAUUCCUACAGUGUUUUGAUGUGUCUGAGGAAGACCUUCUGGAGCACAUUGAAAUGGGCAGCUACCUUCUGGCCCAGCCCUUCUUAACCCAAUGCCUGGCUACUCUUCUGAAAGUUUUAAGCCCUCAGAACUGUCAAAUGUACCUCGACUUCUCUAGGGCCAUCUGCUGUGAGGAGAUGCUCCAUACAAUACACCGCUACCUGAGCACGCACCUGCUUGAACUUCCUUGCUUGACCAGAAGCCUGGAGCUAACCGCGCAAGAAACCAUCAUCAGGCUAAGGUCAAGCGGUACCCAGAGGCUGUGCGCCCUGAAAAAAGAAAACCUGACAGCGAGGAAUUUUCCUCAACUUGAAGGAGCACUCUAUCUAUACAGCUUUGACGAGAACAAAGACGAUGUGAGCUGGAGCCGAGAGGCUCGACUCCCAUUUGUGGCUGACAAAUGGUGCUUCACUACUGCUGUGCUGCACAACUACUUGUUCCUCAUAGGAGGGUACCGACAGAAGGUGAAAAGGGGGUUUGAGUUUCAGAUGGCAUCUUUUCGCUACAAUCCCUGCACGAACAGCUGGGUCUCAGUUGCACCUUUAAUUAAGCACAGACGCCAUUUCAGCACAGCAGUGUGUGAGGGGUAUAUUUUCGCAGUGGGAGGCUGGUAUCUGGACACCCUGGUGGCUCCUGACUCCAGCACUGUCCUUUACACAGCUGUGGAGCGCUACGACCCCUGGACAGACACCUGGGCCUUCGUCUCAUCCCUCCCACUCAAUGACUUCCUCUUCACUAUGUCUCUGUCUCAUGAUAUCCCCCUCACCUCAGUCCUACAUGACUGCAUCUAUGUCACAGGCAGCAUUCAGAGAACUGGAGAGAAACUCAUUCUGCAGUACAGUGUGAAACAUGAUUCCUGGUCAGAACUGCUCCCCACCUUGACCCGUGCCGAUGCAGAAAUUCCCAGUCUUUACUUCUUUGGAGCCACAGACAAGCUGCAUUUGAUAGGAGGGAAUAACCACCAGAAUGUUGUGACAUCAUUCUGUGUGGAAUCUCGCAAGUGGGAGGAGGUCCAAGCUACAGAAAAGAUUACUCUUGCAGGGCAAGGAACAAUUCUCAAUAAUGAAGUUUACAUGCCUGCAGCAGAACAGAACUCAUUCGUAAGACUGAAUCUCCAGUCACUCUCCACCCACAUGCUCCCUCCUCUCCCAAUUUCAUCUUCAUAUGAGGCUCUUUUUCAUCUUUUUUUCCCAUGGUGAGAGUUUCACAUGUAAUCCUCCCAUUCAGUGAAGCACAGUACUUUGACCUUGAGCGUGAUACUUCCACCUGUUUCUAGAAAUGUGUUGGUCAAGACUGUUUUGAUAACAUUCAUGAGGCUGUGUGAGUUUAAUUACGCUUGUAUGGCAGGAUUGUGCUAGCUCAAAGCAUACCGUAUGUGUUAACAACUACAGUAGCAUCAUGAUUAUACUCUUGAAUUUAUUAUCAGUAAAAAUGCUUAACUAGUUGUGUUAAAAUCAUCUAAUGGAAAUCAAGUAUACAGGUCUGUAUUUCACUAUACCUGUAAAAUCUGAACAUUCUAGAACCCAGCAUUUACAGCACUUUGGUUUACUGUUAGUUUUUUUACUUGUUUUUUUUUUGUUGGGUUAAGUACAGUGUGCAUUUUAAUUCUGAGAAAAACUUCCAUAAGAUUUUUUUUUUUCGUGAGAGCUAAUAUGAACCUGUGACCAUUUUAUUUACUUUUAUUGAAGCUUACAACAACAAAGAAAGGGCUCAAUCACUGCAGCACAGAGCAUUAGGAGAAGCUUCUACUUCACUUUGUGUGUGUUUACUAUUGGAGCAAUAUCGUCUGUUGGAAAGAAAAUCCUUCAAACUAUAGAAUAUUUGUAGGAUUGGCCUUCUUUAACAUUGCAAAAAUACAUUCAAGAUUAUUAAGAUGAACCCGGCUAAUAAGAGCAAU